AUGUCAACUACUGGUAUCACCCUAUCAAGAUCCAACUGGAACCAAAUCGCCUACCAAAUCGAGGCAAUUGAGAAUCAACGCCCUCAACAUUCCAUGAACAAUGAAGAUGUUACACUUAGAGAAACGGAGGGCGCUAUGGAUGACAAGGUACGCAAAUUCACCGGCUUUCACCGGUUUCUAAUAUGCGCUGCUUGUUACUUGUCGGCUCUAUGUAUGGACUCGACGCUACUAUGGCAGCAGACUUUCAAGAAGGAGUUAUCUAGACCUUCCACAAUUACCAACAAUUCGCCUGGACUGGCGCUGGUUUCCCUCUCGGAUCGGCAGUAA